CAUCAAAACCUGAAUUAAGAAAAGUCCAUAAACCAACAACACAUGAUUAUCACACCCUUCCUUCUUCUUCUUCUUCUGUAUUCAAUCUUGAUCAAUUAUAUUCUGUAAAUUCAUUCAUUCAUCAACUGAUCGAUCAUCACUUCAUCAAUCUUCUUCCACAAAAUGCUAACAUGCAUUGCUUGUUCGAAGCAGCCGGAUGAACCACACGAAUCAAAACGUCUUAACGGCACUACUCCUAAGCAAUCCAUCAAAACGCUUACCACUCAGAUCAAGGAUAUGGCGAUUAAAUGCAAUCCGUGUAACGGAGCGGCGAUGACGACGCCGCAACAGCAGUUGCAGAAGAGGAACGGCGACGUGGAAUCGGAGCGGUUCCGGUGGUCGUACAGGCGGAGCGGGAGUAAGAACUCGAGCUCCGGUAGGGUUUGGGGGAAGGAGAUGGAGGCGAGAUUGAAGGGGAUAUCGAUGGGAGGAGGUGACGUGUUGUGUACGUCAGCUAGUGGCCGGAGACAGGUUCCGGUUGUGUUAGAGGAGGAGAAGGAACCAAAAGAGUGGGUUGCUCAGGUGGAACCGGGCGUGCUCAUCACUUUUGUGUCUCUGCCACGUGGCGGUAACGAUCUUAAAAGAAUCCGGUUCAGCCGAGAGACGUUUAAUAAGUUGCAAGCUCAAAAAUGGUGGCAAGCGAAUUACGACAAAGUAAAGGAACUUUACAAUGUCCAAAGGUUAAACAAAAAAGCAUGUCCCCUUCCAACACCUCCAGAAUCCGAAGACGAGAGUGGUACGAAAUUUGAAUGUAACGGAGACAGUCCAACAACACCAGCUUUGAGUAAAGAAAGGCUACCUCGAACCUCAAACCGACCAACAAAAAUGGAAUACUCAUCCUCGGAUUCACUUGAACACCAAAGCUCGACAGUGGUCUGGUCCAACCGGGACUCAUCAGGUCUCACUGUUAAUCCAAAACUAUCAAGUAUUGGUGAAGCUAAAACAGAAACAGCAUCCAUGGAUGUUUCAGCUGAUGUGUCAGGAGAGCUAUCAAUCAGCAAUGUAGGUGAUACGGAGAACGAGUGGGUGGAACAAGUUGAGCCAGGAGUCUACAUCACUGUUAAAUCACUUCCAGGCGGCUUAAGGGAACUCAAACGUGUUAGAUUCAGCCGAGAAAAAUUCGCGGAGAUGCAUGCGAGACUUUGGUGGGAAGAAAACCGAGCAAGGAUUCAUAAACAAUACUUAUGAUUUCAACAAAGCUGCUGUUGCAAGUGGUUCUUAAGUUCAAAGAACAUCUAGUCUUUUGGAUAUCCCUUGUUUGAUACUGUAUUUAAGUAAAUGUAGGAUCCAAACAUGUCUGUUUGAAAUUUUGUAUUCAAUUGGUCGGUAUAUUAUUUUGUCCUUAAACAUGGGCUCUUCAA